AUGGAUGGUCGUCCUCCGAAAAGACAACGUCGAUCAGUCCAUGGAAGUGAAUCCAAAGGAGAUCCAUCCAAUUCCAUCUCUAAGCCUGUCGCGCUUUCGUCGCGCCCCAAAUCGACACGAGCGCGUCCCAGUCCAGCUCCAUCGACUCAGCACACCUCCGGCGCCUCCUCCCCUUCUCCCUCUCCAUCAAAACCUGCAUAUUCCCCGAAGACAAGUAAAUCCAAGUCUCUUCAUACUUUUUUCCAGCCGGCAACGGACGGGCAACGAUGGUCGUCGCAGAAAUUCGAGGCGAAGCGGUCUCUCGCAUCGGGCACAGAAACACUAGACGCAGACGAAAUAGAAGAUGACUAUGAUUCAUAUGAUGAGAUCUUCACACAACACCUUGCUAGCCAAACCCCCAGCUUCAAUCCGAAAUCCUCUUUCUCUUCAAAUAAUGGCCCAAUCCGGGCGUCGGUUUCCAAACCCAAGGUCACAACAGCACGCCGCACAAAUCAAUCUACCAAACGCUUUAUCCUGCCACCAGAUUCCAAGAGCCACAGUGUUCGGCAGUCAGGUCCUCCACCUUUGACCCACAAAGUUGAUCAUCGUCCUUGGGCCCAGCGGUUUGCCCCACUAAAUUUAGAUGAGUUGGCCGUUCAUAAGAGAAAGGUUGGUGAUGUCCGAAAAUGGUUGGAAGAUGCAUUUGCCGGGCGUGGAAGAGAGAGACUCUUGGUUCUACGAGGCCCCGCUGGCUCCGGGAAGACGACCACCAUCUCCCUACUCUCUGAACCACUGGAUUUUGAUAUUGUGGAAUGGAAGAAUCCAGCGGUUUCCGAGUUCACGGCCCAAGAUUAUGUCUCCGUGAGCACACAGUUUGAGGAAUUCCUGGGCCGUGGUGAUCGUUUCGGCGGACUUGACCUCGAAGAUGCAGCCGAGGCCAACGAUCAUCACAAGUCGCGUUCUCGCAAUCAGCGCAUACUCUUGGUGGAAGAAUUCCCGACAAUGACGAGUCGAAACUCUGGUCUGGCUGCCUUCCGGGCAUCCCUGCAGCGCUAUCUCGCGGCUGCUGCGGAUCAUCCUUUGGGGGAGAUACACCCACCGGUUGUGGUGGUUGUAUCGGAGACCUUGCUGGGCUCGGCGUCGUCGAUAUCAGAUAACUUCACGGUCCAUCGAUUACUCGGACCAACAUUGUUUAACCACCCCAGCACGAAAAUCAUAGACUUUAAUAGUAUCGCCCCAACUUUCAUGCAAAAGGCCUUACACUUGAUCUUGGAGAAAGAGGCGUGUAGCUCAAAGCGCGCCCGAAUCCCUGGUCCAACGGUCCUCGAUGCGAUCUCCGAGAUUGGAGAUGUUCGCAGUGCCAUAUCUUCUCUAGAGUUCCUAUGCUUAAAAGGCGAUGAUACUGGAAAAUGGGGUGGCACUCUAACCAAAACGAGAGGCAAAAAGUCCCGCGGGGACACAUCUUUAACACCAAUGGAAGAGGAGUCCCUCAAAAUGAUUUCACAAAGAGAGGCGAGCCUAGGGCUAUUUCAUGCCGUGGGCAAAAUUUUAUACAACAAACGCCUUGAUCCAAGUCUUGUACCUGACGGUACAGUGGUCCUUCCUUCACCACCGGACCUUUUAUCUCAACAUCGCCGACCCAAGGUCUCGCAGGUAGCAGUGGAUGCGUUGGUCGAUGAGACCGGGACAGACAUCACCACGUUUGUCUGUGGUCUCCAUGAGAAUUAUCCGCCCUCCUGUGAUGGGAUCUGUUUCACUGACAGCCUCAAUGCGUGCAUUGAGUCAUUAUCUGACAGUGAUAUCCUCAGUACUGACAGACGGCCUACACAGGGCGCGCGAGGUGGCAUGGGAACCGGUCUAGCACCUGUAAGUGCUGGAAUUGAUAAGAUGCGACAAGAUGAGAUCAGCUUUCAGGUUGCCGCCCGCGGGUUGUUAUUUGGUCUGCCUUAUCCUGUCAACCGCCGGUUGGCCUCUGGGGACGGGCGAGGUCGUACGGGUGAUGCGCAUAAGAUGCUCUAUCCAUCCUCCUUGCGAUUAUGGAGAAAGUCUGAGGAAAUUGAAGGGCUUGUGGACUCAUGGAUGAAACACAUGUUGGAUCCCUGUGGCAAUCCACAUCUUCUUUCACACGGCGUGGGAUCCACCGAAUCCACCGAACCCAUGGGUGUCAAGUCCUGGCGAAGUCUCAAGGUCGGUCAUCAUGCACCUUCUAGUGCAGGCCAUUCCUCGGCUACUACGGUGACAAUGCUGUCGCGUCCGGAUGCGAUACUCCAUCAAUUACCGUAUAUGACUCAGAUCCGGCAUAAUGAGACUGAAAUGUCGCAAUUGAAGCAGAUCACCGGAAUCCGAAGGAGUCGGUUCGACGACGUUGAUGAAGAUGAGCUGCCCUCGCCGUCACAGCCACUCCAGCACAGCAAUUCAUUCGGACCUCGAUUGCCCCAGAGUGAAGAAAAACUAUACCUUAGUGAUGAUGAUAUCGUGGAUGAUUAG